AUGAAAUCUGAGCAACAACAGGGUGAAAGUUCACAUCAAGAACUCAAAACUUCCAACAAUUAUGGAAGUGUGAUGGAGGAUGGAGAUGACACCACAGGGGUUUCAUUAAGGUGUCUAAGUUUAUACACCCGAGGUGGAGGAGGGUGCAAGGUUGGAGCCGCAACAACCGACGACUUCGCCCAUCUCGGUAACGGGCCCAAACCUGUGUGCGGGACCCACGACACAAGUAUCGAUUGUUUCUCGUAUGGAGUUGAGAGGUUUUGGAAAAGAAAUUAUACAAAAAAGAAUAAUUUUGAAGCCCAAAACAACGCCAUGCAUGUGUUUCUUCCCGAUGAUAUUCUCGAGAUGUGUUUAAUGAGACUCCCGUUAACAAGCCUAAUGAACACACGUCUCGUGUGCAAAAAAUGGAGAUCAUUAACAACCACCCCUCGGUUUCUACAAAUGAGAAAAGAUGGGUUUUACCCGAGUCCAUGGUUGUUCCUUUUUGGUACUGUUAAAAACGGAUAUUGCUCACGUGAGAUUUACGCGUUCGAUGUUUCUUUCAAAAAAUGGCAUAAAAUUGAAACCGAAGUUUUAAACGGCCGGUUUUUAUUCUCCGUGGCGACUGUCCAUGAUACCGUUUACAUCAUCGGAGGGUGUUCGAGCCGGAAAACACACCGUGGAGUUUUGGUUUUUAACCCGUUGAUGAAAGCUUUUCACAAAGUUGCAUCUAUGAGACAUGCAAGAUCGAAACCGGUUCUUGGAGUCUAUGAAGUCAACUCCGAUCGUUUGACCAUCAAAAGUCAAACCCGAACACGGACACGGACACUGACACAGACACAGACAAAAACACGGUUCUUGAUAAUUGCGGUAGGUGGGGUCGGUUCAUUCGACGAGCCGUUAGAUACAUGCGAGAUUUACGAUUCUUCAUCGAACAAAUGGACGGAAAUCCAACGGGUCCCGGUUGAUUUCGGGAUCAUUUGUUCGGCCGUUGUUUGUAACGGGAUUUUUUAUGUUUACUCCGAGAGUGAUAAACUCGCGGCAUAUGACAUUAAACAUGGUUUUUGGGUUCGGGUCCAGACGAAUCCGGUGCCGCCACGUGUCCAUGAGUACUCCCCGAAACUGGUGUCGUGUGGUGGUCAACGGUUGUUUAUGGUGGCGGUUUCUUGGUGUGAAGGAGAUGGUGAAAUUGGAAGGAGAAAUAAGGCGGUUAGAAAGUUGUGGGAGCUUGAUCUUGUUUGUUUAAGUUGGAAUCAGGUUUUGAUGCAUCCUGAUGCACCCAUGGACUGGAAUGCAGUGUUUGUUGGUGAUAAGAACUUGAUUUUUGGGGUUGAAAUGUUUAAGAUUUUUGGACAGGUGUUGGAGUUUGUGACCAUAUGUGAUGUAUCGGAUCCGAAUAUGGAUUGGGUUCAUGUGUCCAAGAAUGAGGUGGCUCGUGACAUGGAUGUGUCUUCGUGUGUCAUGAAAUCUAUGGCUGUUGUGCAUUUGUAA